AUGAAUUGGGUCAAUUACGAUGCGGCGAUUGUCGUGAAGCUUCGCUGCCACAUGGUGGAAUGGCCUGAAGGUGUUGACUUCAGCAGCCCAUCAGCAAUGACCAACCGUGAACACCUUAUGCAACUUCUGGAUGCCCUGAAGAGCGGAGUAUGCUAUUGGCAUUGUAUGAGUACGAAGCAGGUCCACGCGCAUAAGGAUUGGCUGGAGAAGGAGCAGGAGGCUGGACGAAAGGAGCCCAAAAAGAGGGCACCAAGGGCUGACAAGGGUAAAACCCGAGGACAAUACAAGCCUCAUAAAGCCACCAGCUUGGACACCCCCAUCGACAAUCUCGCUGAAACCUCACCUUCGUCGACUUCCAAUGCCACUAGCAUGGACACCCCCGUCAACAGCUACCCUGAACCCUCGCCUUCGUCGACUUCCAAUACCGCUAGCUCGGACGCCCCCAUUAGCAAUCUCGCCGAAGCCUCACCUUCGCCAACCUCGAAUGUCUCUAGCAUACACUGUAUUGACAGCAGCCCAUCUCCUGAUGUCGCCACCACUCCAGCAGCCACAGCAAUGCCUACAGACGCCCAUACUUGCCAUACUCCCAACAGCCCUGCUAACGCAAUCGUUGAUUCAAAAACCCCCUCGACGCCUUCAAAUAUCUUGUCGCCCUCCACAGAUGUCACGGCUAUGAAACAGAAGCAAAAAGAGGAGUAUGAGCCAGGCAGAAAGAAGAGGCAGAAGAAAAACAGCACCAGCAAGCCUGAAUCUUCCCAACCUCGACACCGUGGACGCCCUCGAAAAAACACUCACCGUGCCAAUGCUGAAACACCCCCAUCAUCUGAACCAAUUGCACCCUUUGUCCCAGCACCUGCUCUGCUACGUAUGACCAUGGCUCCUAUCGAAACAUCCCAUUUCGCCUUCGCAAUGCCCUUCCCAAAACCCCCUCACAAUCUCGAAAAUCCUUCUCUGCUACUGGCCAACAACGGCAGCUCCAUAAAGGCAACAGAGGCUGUGGGUAACAUUCUGCAACUGAGCCACCGAGUCCCAGAAGCAAAGGAACCAUUCGCCGAUGUCUCGCUGGGCUUGGCUGCAAACCACGAUCCUACUGACAAUGUCGCAAGCAUGGACAGGGCCAGCUUCAGCAACAACGGCCAGAAUUCCAUGUUCACAGAGCAGGAGCUGCAGGACUUGAUGGUUUGGAGCAUGGGCGAAGGGGAGGUCUACUCAACCAACGCCAACUACACUGAAAGCUCCCUAACUGCCAUGCUCUACAGUGAGGAGUAA